GCCAAACAGGAUCAUGCAGCGAAUCAGAAAGGCCAUGUUGCCGCCCGACCUAGCUUCGCAGUCUGCCAGCUCCCCAUUCGCUCGUCCUCGCUUUGGUCCAUCACCCCCUGCCAUGCGAUCUGUGAGUUCCGUCACCGCAUUUCUCAAAUGCGAUUCGACAGCGACCAUGGUCAACCCCAGAGUGCAAAAAUGCGCAAUGGGCCAACAGCUGGGCUGGAGGAAAGCCAGAGCGAGCACCUGGUCACAUUCACAUUGGGAAGUCGCACGACUCGCAUCGACUCUUCGCGGGGGAGAUUACCAACUGCAACUGCAGGCGGCCGCCAACUGGGCGGCCAUCGAUUCGGCAAGUUGUGUUCUGUUCUGUACACUGAUAGAGCAAUUGCAAUUGAUCAAUGCCACUGGCUCGGACUCGGAGCAGACGCAGGAAUUCCGCUUGACGGGUGGGUGCUUUCGUUGACUCAAUUGGGGGGUUGCAUCUUCUGCAAAUCCUCCCACGCCAUCCGUACCUACCUAAGCUCCCGCCUCCACGUUUCUUCGCGCCGUUAUUAUUCGUACACUAUACGUACAUCCAAGGCGAUCUGUGCAGGGUUCCUUAUCAUGCCCAUAUCAUGUACGGGCCGUUCAUGUUGGGGCCCGCAUCUGCCGCCAGAUUGCCCAUCACAACUAGAUGGAAUGCGUGAUAAUGCGAUAAUUCUCCUGGGCCAGUCUCGACCAACUGCACGUUUCUGUUGGCUUUGCGCCUUUUCUCGCUCUACCACAUUAAGGAGAGGAUGUGAUGGUGACUUGCCGCUAUUCGGCUUCCUUCCCAGCAGUCAAAACGCUUGUUUGCCGAAGAAGCUGCAGCGCUCCCGUGCAGUUGACCACUGACGUGCCGUCGUGGCUUACAUCCCAUCACACCGUCACCCUCCACCGCAACACCUUGCAGCUAGCGCCCGCCUUGCCGUUACUCUUCUACUUCUGUCAGUUUGUGUGACUUGCAGCAGCGGGGAGCGG